UCUAUUUUGUUUUCUUCUUUCGAAUUUCACCCCUUCUUUUGCUUCCUAUUAAAUGCGCCACAAAAUUAAAGCUAAUUUGGUAACGGCACCCUCACCCUCCAUUAAUCCUCCUUUUCAAUUCUGUUUUCCAAGAGCCGUUGCCGUUACUUAAAACAUAGUCUUUAUUAGGGAAAAUAAAAUUCAGAACCCUUCAAAAUAUUGCCUUAGUUGAUGAUUUUCAGCGUUCUUUUGCGUUUUUUUUCAUGGGCUGCGUAACUUCAAAACUCGACCAGCUGCCGGCGGUCACUUUGUGCGGCGACCGCUGCAAUUUCCUCCAGGACGCUCUCCUGCAAAGCUACGCCUUCGCCGAUGCACACGUGGCGUACAUGCAGUCGCUCACGACUCUCGGGCCCGCUCUCCACCGUUUCUUCGAUCAAUGUCUUAAAUCUUCGUCCGGCGAUGAACCAGUCGUAUCUGACGAGAAACCGCCGAAGCGACGUUCGCCGCUGUCCUCGCCCGGUCAUUCUUUUUCGAGUUCAAACUCAGAUUCGCACAUUCAAUUCGAUACUGAUUUGGAAGACGAAGAGACGGGCGAAGAUUUUAGUAAAUAUAUUAACGAAAUCCAUCUAAAUUAUCUUAAUCAGGGGAUCCUAACAUCGUAUCCUUUGCCUAAUCAUGAUUACCAUUCUAAUACGAAUCAAAGCAGAGAAAUCAGUGGCUCAGGCUGGAAAACACCUCCACCUCCGGCUCCGAGGAGUGUGGCUUGGGAUUACUUGAACUUUUUUGAUGAAAUUUACGAGAGAUACGAGUUGCCUUGUUUUUCGAGCAAAGAAGUGAAGGACAAAGGAGGAGUUCAUGAACAUCUUGAAGCACAAGCAGUAAAGCAAGUUCAUGGUGAUGAGAAAUCUAGUGCAAAUUUUACUAAAGAAAAAAGAGAAAAUCCGAGGGGAAUAGCUGUUCCAGUUAAGAACGGUGAUGCAGAGAAUGGGAAGAAAGCAGAUUCAUCGCAUAUUGACAAGAUUCAAAAGAAGGCUGACAUAAAUGAACCCAAAAAUCGAAGCGGUAAACAAAGUGCUUCUGAGGUAAUCAAAGAAUUGCAGGUCCUAUUUGAGAAAGUUUCGGAGUCCGGAAAUGGAGUUUUAAAUAUGCUUGACACUGGAAAAUUUCGCUAUCAUCACAAAAAAUCUGUUUAUCAAGGCACUACGAAGGUAUUUCAUAUGAUUACUACAAAUUCAUGGGAAACAGAGCCCUUACUGUCAGAAGGUAAGUUUAGUUCUAUGGAUAAUGAUGAGAUUGUGAGUUCACAGAACCUGUCUUCUACUCUGAGGAAACUGUGUAUGUGGGAAAAGAAGCUCUAUGAUGAAGUCAAGGCUGAGGAAAAGCUGCGCAUGAUUCAUUCAAAGAAGCGUAGCCAGAUGAGGAUUUUGGAUCAGAGGGGUGCUGAUGCUCACCGAGUUGACUCUACACAAACUUCAAUUAGGGCCUUAUCUACUAAAAUGAGAGUUGCAGUUCAAGUUAUUGACAACAUAGCAAUUACUAUAAAUAAGGUGAUGGAUGAAGAGUUGUGGCCACAGAUCAAUGAACUAAUUCACAGAUUGUUUGGAAUGUGGAAGGUAAUGCUAGAUUGCCAUAGCUGUCAGUGCCAAAAGGUUAUGGAAGCCAAAUGUUUGGAUGUCAUUACGCUGAAUGAAAACCUUAAUGACGCUCAUCUUGAAGUGGCAAUGAAACUAAAGCUUGAACUUCAAAACUUCGUUCUUAGCUUAUCUAGUUGGAUUGAAGCCCAGAGAGGCUAUGUCAAAGCUUUGAAUGGUUGGUUACAUAGAUGUCUCCUAUAUGAACCCGAGGACAUAGCAGCAGAUGGUGUUUCAUCUCUCUCUUCCGGUGGAUCCGGAGUACCCCCAGUGUUUGUGAUUCUUAACCAGUGGUCUGAAGUCAUGGAUAGACUUUUGGAGAAAGAAGUAGUUGAAGCAGUGAAUACGUUUUUCAUUAGCAUCAACCAAGUUCUGGAACAGCAGCAUAAUUCAACUCUGCGGCAAAGGAUUAUUGCUGAUAAGGACAUGGAAAGGAAAGUAAAACUCUUGGAAAAAGAGGAGCAAAAGAUGCAGAAAAUGGUGCAAGCUCGAGUGAAAAAGAUGACGGAGUGGGCAAGGGAAGAAAGUGCCGUUCUUGAACCAAGAGAUACCAGUACCACGGAUGGCAGUAACAUUAGGGAGGCUGCUAGUUUACAGCAUGGGUUAAAGCAGAUUUUCAUGGCAAUGGAAAAGCUUGCUAUCCAUUUCAGGCAAGCUUAUGGGGAGCUCCACCAAUGCACUGAAAAGUGCAAGGCCACUCAAGAUAACCCCUAAUGUCCUUAUCAAUCCAAUUCCAUGGUUAGUUGAGUUCUGAUUGUUGGCUGAUUGAUUGCCUUCCCAUUGCUGAAAGUCAACAAACUGGAUUGUAAAGUCAUGGUCAGUAGGCAUCCUCCCCUCAUUUUGUCUUUGUCGUUUUGGUUAAGGUACUGAAAUUUUGGGUUGAGCGUGCAAGAUUUGAUAGGAAAAAAAAAGGGGCAUCCUUAUCGUUACAAGCUUCAAGUUUAUCCGUUAAAUGAAAGCUGCUGAAAAAAGCUUUUAAGUGUGUAUGUAGGUAUAUAUUAGGGUGUUACUUCCUUGUAUUCUUCUUAAUUGUCUUUUGUAGUGAUUUUUUACCUAAUUAUUUUUUCUCAGUAUUUUAUUGAUUUGUUGAUCUUUACUG